UGCGCCUCAGCCCGCGCGCUCGCAGCCGCUCGUUCUCGGCUGCCCGCCUGCUCCCUUGCUUGCUCGCGCUUUCGUUCGCGCUCUCCUCGCGGAUCGAGGAGUCUCUGGCUAGAGGCUGCGGCUGGGAAGGGAGGCAGAGGCGGGGGCUCAGGGGAAACGAGGCUGCGGUGGUGGUGGGAAGAUGUCGGGCGAAGACGAGCAGCAAGAGCAAACUAUCGCGGAGGACCUGGUCGUGACCAAGUAUAAGAUGGGGGGCGACAUCGCCAACCGAGUACUUCGGUCUUUGGUGGAAGCUUCCAGCUCAGGUGUGUCAGUACUCAGCCUGUGUGAAAAAGGUGAUGCCAUGAUUAUGGAAGAGACAGGGAAAAUCUUCAAGAAAGAAAAGGAAAUGAAGAAAGGUAUUGCCUUUCCCACCAGCAUUUCAGUAAAUAACUGUGUAUGUCACUUCUCGCCUUUGAAGAGCGACCAGGACUAUAUUCUCAAGCAAGGUGAUUUGGUAAAAAUUGACCUUGGGGUCCACGUGGAUGGCUUCAUUGCUAACGUGGCUCACACUUUUGUGGUUGAUGUAGCUGAGGGGACCCCAGUAACAGGACGGAAAGCAGAUGUCAUUAAGGCAGCUCACCUUUGUGCUGAGGCUGCCCUACGCCUAGUCAAACCUGGAAACCAGAACACACAAGUGACAGAAGCCUGGAACAAAGUUGCCCACUCAUUUAAUUGCACUCCAAUAGAAGGUAUGUUGUCACACCAAUUGAAGCAGCAUGUCAUCGAUGGAGAGAAAACCAUUAUCCAGAAUCCCACAGACCAGCAGAAGAAGGACCAUGAAAAAGCUGAAUUUGAAGUACAUGAAGUAUAUGCUGUGGAUGUUCUUGUCAGCUCAGGAGAGGGCAAGGCCAAAGAUGCAGGACAGAGAACCACCAUUUAUAAACGAGACCCCUCUAAACAAUAUGGCCUGAAAAUGAAAACUUCACGUGCCUUCUUCAGUGAGGUGGAAAGACGUUUUGAUGCCAUGCCAUUUACUUUAAGAGCAUUUGAGGAUGAGAAGAAGGCCCGGAUGGGUGUGGUGGAGUGCGCCAAACAUGAACUACUACAACCAUUUAAUGUUCUCUAUGAGAAGGAGGGUGAAUUUGUUGCCCAGUUUAAAUUUACAGUUCUGCUCAUGCCCAAUGGCCCCAUGCGGAUAACCAGUGGCCCCUUUGAGCCUGACCUCUACAAGUCUGAGAUGGAGGUCCAGGAUGCAGAGCUGAAGGCCCUCCUCCAGAGUUCUGCAAGCCGGAAAACUCAGAAAAAGAAAAAAAAGAAGGCCUCCAAGACCGCAGAGAACGCCACCAGUGGAGAAACAUUAGAAGAGAAUGAAGCUGGGGACUGAGGUGGGUCCCAUCUCCCCAGCUGGCCGCUCCUGCCUCAUCCCCUUCCCACCACACCCUAGGCUCUGAAGUGCAGUUUGUCUUCUCCAUCCAGGACCGCCAGCAGAGCAGGGUCUCCCUGCCCCUAUCCCAGUCCCCCAACCCACCCCUUUCCAACAACAACCAGCUCCAACUGACUCUGGUCUUGGGAGGCCAGGCUUCCCAGCCACUGAAGACUACUUUAAAUAGAAAAAAGAAAUUGAAUAAUAAAAUCAGGAGUCAAAA